AUUCAGGAAAUAAUUCUCCUUAUUAUAUAUAGUUGUAUGCAUUAUUAAUACCAGGACAUUCAAUAAAUACAGCGCAGGCUUCCAAGUAAACCCAUCAAGAAAAAAAUGCGGAACCCUCUCUCCCUCAGUGACGAAGAUGAGAACGAGUCUUCAAAGUUGCCCUUCUGCUGGUGGAGAUCGGUCGAGCACUUCAACGACCAGGGCCAGCUCAAGCUCGAUCUCUCCAACCUCUCCAACCUCACUCCCAGGGUCAAAGUCCUCAGAGAAAUGGAAAGGCUCGCUCUGAUAGCUCCUGAGGGUCUCGACGACCUCCGACAUAAGCUUAUUACCUACCGGGCUGGCGAUUUUUGGCUACCCACCGGCGGAAUCAAGAAGGAAGACAUGGAUAUUCCACCCAUUGUCACGAUACUCUUGGUGGGUUUCUCUGGUUCGGGGAAAAGUUCCCUCGUGAACCUAAUGUAUAGCGUUCUGGGUCGGUCUGGACUGAUCCCUUUUGCUCAGACCUCCGGGAACUCUUCCAACUACACGACUAUGUUCAUGGAAGAACACAACGUGCUGAGGUCGCUGCGAAGUGGGUUUUGCGUUUAUGAUUCGAGGGGUUUGGAUUACAACCGGGUGGAAGAGAGUCUGGAGGGGUUGUCGGGGUGGCUAGUUAAUGGGGUUCACCAUCACCAGCUGUGUUUCAGAUCAGGAGACGAGGCGUCGAAGCCAUUAGUUGGUUCCGUGCCAUCGUCGUCGUCCUUGUCCAAGUUCAGCUGGAGAAAAGUGAACUGUGUGGUGGUAGUGGCAAACAUUGCAGAGAUCUACCAAGCGUUGAAGAAAGGGGACGCAAAGCCAAUGGAAGCGACAAAAGCUCUCUUCAACUGUCCUGCUAUAAGGAAAUGCAAUGAAAACCCCAUCCUGAUAUUUACGCAUGGCGACAAGCUAUCUUCAGAUGAGAGAAUCGAUGGCCGGCUGAAGGUCUCCAAGUUUCUGGGUAUAUCAGAGACGUCGGGGGAGUAUGACGUUGUAUGCCUGACCGAACAUGGGUUGCUUCCAGAUGAGUCGGACCCCGUCACUGCUUAUGCAUUGACAGAGGCCAUAUAUAGGGCACUGAUCCAGUCGGACAGGAGCCAUCCUCCCAAGAUAAGAUUUAAGGACUGGGUGGUGAUGUUAGUAACUUGGCUUCUGUGCUGCAUCGCCGCAUUCUUCGCUUUCCUCGCUGAUUUCUUCUCCAAACUAGGUCGCAAGGAUAAAAAACUUAAGCUGUGAAAACUGAAAAGUGAGACAACACACGUUUAUCUAUCUAUCUUUUUCUUUUCUACAGUUCUUACCCCCUGUGUACUGGGUAGUGUAGGGGGAAUGUGUAUGUUUUUUCUUUUACAGGGGAUGAAAAAAAUGUGGGUGUUUGUAUAUAGAUGAUAGAAUAAUGUAUUAAUAUUUGUCGGGAUCUAUUUGUCCGGACUCAUACUGUUCGUCUGUAAGCUACCGGCCGGCUUCACUCGAUGGCGUGAUUGGAGUCGUCCUCACUCCGCAUGGCGCAGCGCAGUACAGAUGGUCCAUGCAUGGAGCCACUCUCUCUCUAUCUAUCUGGUACGCCAGCUUCGUUAUCCUGUUUCUAGUGGUACCUAUGUUCGGCGUAUUCUCAAUUCACUAGUUCAAAAGUUGGAUGGAUGGUCCCCAUAUAUGAAUUAAUAUGUCAUCAGGCUCUCUCUGGGCGUAGCUUUCUACCUUUCUUCAUCUUUAUCUUUAUGCAGCAAUAAGAAUGUCUUAGGGCUCCAAAAGAAAAAUUUUAAGCUAGCUAGUUUAUUUAAUUCUUUUAAUGUACUAAAUGUCUGAAUGUUUGUCCAUUUCUGCCUUUAAAAUGUUUGCAUUUUUCAUUGAUA